GUUCGCUCUGUUUACAAGUGCAGCCUGUUUCCUGUCGGUGAACAUGAGUUAAGACCGACGGUUUGAACCCCGUCCAGUUCGGCGCCUUGGGUGACGUCAUACUGUACUUCAUGGUGUACAGGAGCUGGCAUCGAUCUGAAGCUCCGUCUGUCAGCCAUGUAUGCCUCAGGGAAAUACAGCUCGCGGGGCCCUGCUCUCAUCCCGCGGAUGAAAACCAAGCACCGUAUCUAUUACAUCACACUCUUCUCUGUGGUGCUGCUUGGCCUCAUCGCCACCGGGAUGUUUCAGUUCUGGCCCCACUCCAUCGAGUCCGCAGCGGACUGGACCCUUGAUAAACGCAGCGUUCACGAUGCACCUCUGGUCCACCUUCCGGUCUCCAGUCCUAUUCCCGAGAGGGGGGUUCUCAGUUGUCGCAUGCACACCUGUUUUGACGUGUACAGAUGUGGCUACAAUCCUAAAAACAAAAUCAAGGUGUACAUCUACCCUCUGCAGAAGUUUGUGGAUGAAUUGGGGGUUCCCAUCAGCAGCACUGGACUGUCUCGAGAGUACAAUGACCUGCUCAGUGCCAUCUCUGACAGUGACUUUUACACUGACGAAGUCACCAGGGCCUGCCUUUUUAUCCCAUCUACUGAUGUGCUGAACCAGAACUCCCUGCGUAUCAGAGAGACUGCCCAGGCUCUGGCAAUACUACCCAGAUGGGACAAAGGGAUGAAUCACCUACUUUUCAACAUGUUACCCGGAGGCCCUCCAGACUACAAUACUGCUUUGGAUGUGCCCAGAGACAGAGCGCUGCUGGCUGGAGGCGGUUUCUCUACAUGGACCUACAGACAAGGUUAUGAUGUCAGCAUUCCGGUUUACAGCCCCCUCUCUGCGGAUGUUGAGCUGCCUGAGAGACAACCAGGGCAACGCCGCUACUUCAUUCUGUCUUCACAAACUGCUAUCCACCGGGAGUACCGUGCUGAACUGGAGCGCUUGAAGGAAGAAAAUGGAGAAGCGCUGCUCCUCCUGGACAAGUGUAGCAACCUCUCUCAAGGUGCACGAAAACGCUGCUGCAAGGGGCAGGUGUACGACUACCCACAUAUCCUGCAGGAGUCUUCAUUCUGUGUGGUUUUGCGCGGGGCGCGUUUGGGACAGGCCGCCCUCAGUGAUGUGCUGCAAGCCGGCUGUGUCCCCGUCAUCCUGGCUGACUCCUACAUUCUGCCAUUCUCUGAAGUACUCGACUGGAAAAGGGCAUCUGUGGUUAUUCCAGAGGAGAAACUGUCGGAGAUGUACACCAUCCUAAAGAGUAUUCCUCAUAGACAAGUCGAAGAGAUGCAAAGACAGGCACACUGGUUCUGGGAGGCCUACUUCAGCUCCAUGAAGGCUAUUGGCUUGACAACGCUCCAGAUCAUCAAUGAUCGCAUCUACCCGUAUGCUGCACGGACGUAUGAGCAGUGGAACAAUCCACCCGUGCUGAAGUGGGCCAGUGUGAACAGCCCUCUGUUCUUGCCACUCAUCCCACCGAGAGCCCCUGGGUUCACUGCAGUGGUGCUGACCUACGAUCGCAUUGAGAGUCUUUUCCGGGUCAUCACAGAAAUUUCUAAGGUGCCGAGCUUGGCUAAGCUGCUGGUGGUGUGGAAUAACCAGAACAAGAGUCCUCCUGAGGAGUCUCUUUGGCCAAAGAUUGGUGUUCCUCUCAAAGUCGUGCGAACGAAAGAGAACAAGCUGAGCAACCGCUUCUUCCCCUACGACGAGAUCGAGACGGAAGCUGUGCUUGCGAUCGACGAUGACAUCAUCAUGCUGACAUCUGAUGAACUGCAAUUUGGCUACGAGGUAUGGAGGGAGUUCUCAGACAGGCUGGUGGGCUACCCAGGCCGGCUGCACCUUUGGGACCAUGAAAUGGGGAAGUGGAAGUAUGAAUCGGAGUGGACUAACGAGGUCUCCAUGGUUCUAACUGGAGCCGCCUUCUACCACAAGUACUUCAACUAUUUGUACACAUACAAGAUGCCCGGAGACAUCAAGAACUGGGUGGACGCUCACAUGAACUGUGAAGAUAUUGCCAUGAACUUCCUGGUGGCUAACAUCACGGGCAAAGCUCCCAUAAAGGUGACCCCCAGGAAGAAGUUCAAGUGCCCUGAGUGCACGGCCAUUGAUGGACUGUCCCUGGACCAGACGCACAUGGUGGAGAGAUCCGAGUGCAUCAACAAGUUUGCGGCCGUUUUUGGUACGAUGCCUCUGAAGGUGGUGGAACACCGUGCGGACCCUGUGCUCUAUAAAGACGAUUUUCCAGAGAAGCUCAAGAGCUUCCCCAACAUCGGCAGCCUCUGACCAGCCUGUAACACACGUGUGUACCCCGUCACCGCCUCAUCGCUGCAACGAUUCUCACCAACUUUGUCUUUAAUAUUGAAGACAUCAAUAUUCAGACUCAAGGGGUCCAUGCACCUGUCGCCUUGCGAUUCAAGUGACUUUCUCCUUAGCAAAAUGACAGGUCACCGCAAUACGGGGAGGAGUGUAAGGAGAACAAUUUGUUUAUUUGGCUGAAAGUGAAAGAUCAAACAUUUUCCAAAUAUGAACGCGCACACUAAUGUUCCAUGAACUGCUCUCGUUUGGAGAGUCACGCUGAGCUGAUGUUUGAUGGACUGACUGGAGGCUUGUGGUCUCUCACUGUUUCUGAUUUGGAACUGGAAGCUUUGGGCUUCAGCUGCUCUGGAAUCAGUGUAUACAGUGUAUAUAUUUGUAUUUCGCAGCAGUGCUGUUUACUAGUCAUAAUUUAUGUUGCUCCAACCAGGAUUUUUUUUCCUUUUCAACAGAUGACAUGGACCUAAAUACCUUUUGCUGUCCUGUAUUAAAAGUAAUAAAUGUUUAAUUGACAUGAUAUAUAUUCUUCAAUGAGGUAUCUAUGUAGACUUUAUCUAUUUGUUGAUUGAAUGUUAUAACUGUACAAACAAAGAUGAUGUACAGUAAAUGUUUCACAUAUGUUCUGUUUUAAUCAGGAUAAGAAGCUGGAACUGUAAAUAUAACAUUUAGAAAUAUUAACUAAAGGCUUGAAAAGACUGAUGCUGAGCUACUGGAACAUCUUGAAUUGUCAUUUUCAUACGGCCUGAGCAAGCUUUUUGAUUUAUAUACACACACAUACAUACAUAUAUAAAUAUAUACAUAUAUGCGCUAAUUUAAGAAGCUACUAAGUAAUUUCAUGAGUUGUGUAUGAACACUUCAUAAGCAUGGGAGUAAUUAUUUGUUUGCCAUGCAUAUUAUGAAAUGUAGUGUAUAAUACCAAUAGCCAAAUCCACACUUUUCAAAACAAUUGGUAUAAACUUGUUUGUUUUAUAUUUUCCAUUAUUCUUGUUUUUGUGUGAAUAUUUUUGUCUUUCAUCACUAGUUGUCCUCACAUAACAUUUAAAGCAAUGAAGUCUUUAUGAUGUUAAACUUGCCCUUUGAUGGUUUUCUUUUUCCUUUUUAUUAUUUUCAUGAAGCCAGUGAAAUUGUUUUGACUGCUUUUGUGUAUCUAAGUAAAGACCACACUAAUACGCCUCACAAUAUUAAUGUUCCUUUUUCAUCUACGCGUGUGUGAGGUGGGAAGACGACGUAGGAAGACGUUUUCUUUCCUUUGUGUGUCCAUCUGAGACCGGAGCCGAUCUUCCGUGACACGGACGAUGCUCUGUUCCACUCGGCUCGUCACCUGUUGUGAAUAUACGCCGUCUAAUCCGCCCUGUUCAAUGUCAGCGGUUCAAAAGGGCGCAGUUCGUAUUUCUGUCAACUUCAAUUAGUGUGAUACUCUGGAGACUGUGGCGGGUUGUGCGAUCUCAUUUCAGGACUCGUGUCUCUUCAAAGGGACAGAAAUGUGUGUUGAUUUCACAAUGGGACUAAAGGGUGACACUAUAUUUGUGCAGGGUGCUGAAAUGCAAUAAUUUGCAGCAGAUGAAUUGUUAUUUUUACAACAGCAUCUCUACUAAAUGGAGAAUAGUUGUCUUUAUUGUUCACUGUGUGUUAACGGCUUGAGGGAACCGCCAUUACCUUCAAACCUUUUGACCGUUUCAAAAGAAAUGCAAUGCGAGGCAACCGCCUGGACUCAUGUUUACUUCCUGUCUGCUUGUGUCCUUCACGUACACCGCAAAACAGGAAAUAAACUGCGACUAGUUAGUUAAUUUUACAUGUACAACUGUAAAGUGCUGUAAUGUGUUUUGCCUUUUUCCUUUUUAAAUUAGUUUUUACCGUGUCAAGGAUGCGCUGCAUUUAAAUAAGAAAUACAAAUUCUGAAUAGAAGUGCAAUAACUUAUUGUACUUUAAUUACACACAAAUGUAAUACAAGCAUGAGUACUUUCAUACACUCAUUUCAAAAGACGGCUUAAAGCCACAAAAACACAAAUUGUAAUUCAGAGGAAUUGCAUAUAGAAAGAAAAACAAAACAAGCUGUUCAAACACAACUCUGGAAAUACAAUUUCAUCACUGUCUCACAAAAUAAAACACAACAUCUAAUUCGUAA